CUCAUCUUAUUCAGUUCUUACCGUUCAACAAAAUAUUCCAGAAAAGUCGGGACUAUUACGACAAUCUAAUCUUGUUUUUGACUUUUUCGCUCGACGUCUCUUUAUACAAUUUUUCGGUUGUAAAAAAUCACGCAGAAGUUUUGUCAACUGCCGUCGAAAUGCUCAAUAGAAACAAAAUGGUUUUAGAAAUUAAUAAUUAUGCGGUGACGCCUUCCUCACUUUUGGAAGAUAAUCUUCAACCUCUUCGUUCCGAAAAAAUUGAGAUUUUGAGAUUGAAAUUAAAAACUGCGAAAGAUAUUUACCAGAAAGAGUUAAACCAAAUUAGAGCAAUAACGUACCCAAGACAAAACGCUUUAUUCAAAAUGUUGGAAAAAACGAAAAUAACCGCAAAAACUCAUUGCGUCGAUGCUUCUGACAAUCAGACGCGUUUUGUUUGUGUUUAUUAUGAAAUUACCUCUCACGGGACACUGAAAUAUGCUUGUACUCAAAAAACACUCGAAAAUUUUGCGUUGUGGCUCUUUGACCCGCUGUCACCCUGUGCCGGGGACAUCAUUUCUUUUUCGAAAAAGUGUUAUUUACCAGAUCUCAUUCCCAUAUUGAAUCGAAUGCGCGAUACCAUCACACGAGAAUACUCCAUUACAAAUCAAGAGCAUAUCAUGUGUAUAGAUUUUCUUAUUGAGCGUGUUGCGUUCAUUGGGUUCUUCAAGCGGUGUCGACCCGUCACGGCAUGUCAGGACCCCACUUUUUCGAAUGACGAAAUUCUAAGCCGUCAACAAGUUGAACGCUUUGAAGAUUGUGAUGAGGUAUUGAAGAAGAAGCGAAUGCUGUUGAAAAGGUGUUGGAAUGACUUUACAUGGAAUGGGGAUUUUCACAGUGAAAUAGGGGAGUGUAGUGGCUUGGAAGUGAUUAGAACCCCACUUGAUGUCUUUGAUAUUGUCGACUGUAUUGUCGCAAAUGUCCCACAACACGCAAAAAGACAACCCGAUGCAGAUGAAUUGCUCCAACAUGUCGCGUGGAUCAUCGCU